CCGAGGAGACAGAGCAGGGCAGGGCAGGGAUUGGCGUGCCGUGUGAACUUGCAGCGGCGCGCCUGCAGCGCGCGCGCGCGUCCGCGUCAAUCAAACCUCGGUCAAACUCGCCUCCCCGCCCCUAGCCGCGCGUCGCGUCGCUUCCAGUCUCUGCCUCUCGUCCGCUGCCGCGCUUUGUAUUCGCUUUGGGAGCUUGGACGCGGCCGGCGAUGGCGUCGGCACCGGGGCAGUGGGCGUGGAUGGCCGCGGUGGCGGCGGAGGAGCUGGCGAAGCUGGAGGCCACGCACCCGGGCCGCCUCGGCCCGCUCAAGGACGAGCUCAGGCGCCUCGUCGCCGAGCCCGGCUGGGACGACGACGACGCGUUCGCGCUCGCCUGCCUGGACGGCGGCGCCCCCGCCGGCUGCUCCUCCCCCUCCUCCUCCUCCCACCCUGCUGCGCCGGCGGACCUUAUGUUCACUCAAGAGUCCUCGACCAACAAGAGGAAGUGGUGCGGCGGCGGCGGCGCGGUCGACCGCGAGCAGGGGAAGCGCCGGAGGAAGAAUGCGGCUUCCGGGGUGAAGGACCGGGCGGACAUGGCCAUCGACCGCGCCAAGAAGUGCCUCAAGAAGAUACGCGCCAUCAAGCGGAGCUUGCUUGCCUGUGUCACGGAUUGAAACCAAGGAGGAAAAAUCGUGCUAGCGGCUACAAGGAAGGAGGAAGGGAUAUGGAAGUACCGGAGAUGAUGGGUGGAAAACCGAAAUGGAAUUGACCUUUAUCGAUUAACUUUUGGUUUAUACUAGCACGAAAAAAAAUUAUAUGAGACCAGGUCUCACGGUUAGCAGGUGAGAUCUGUCCUAUAGAAUUCUUUUCCUAGCACUGUAUUGUUUGCCUUUUUGCGAUUGGAAAGUGGCAU